AUGGCUAUAAUCAAAAGAGGUGCUAGAAACAAGACGGUGGCCGAGCCUACUAAGAGAUCUGGCCAGAUCAAGAAGGCCACUUUUGAGUCCGGCAAGAAGAAAGAGGUUGGUGUUUCGGAUUUGACAUUACUUUCGAAAAUAUCAGAUGAGUCUAUCAACGAGAACUUGAAAAAGAGAUUUUUGAACGGUACCAUUUACACCUAUAUCGGACAUGUAUUGAUCAGUGUCAAUCCGUUCCGUGAUUUGGGAAUCUACACGGACAGCGUGCUUCGUAGCUACAUGGGCAAAAACAGAUUAGAAGUUCCACCACACGUUUUUGGUAUUGCGGAAUCCAUGUACUACAACUUGAAGGCAUAUAACGAAAACCAAUGCGUUAUCAUUUCAGGAGAAUCCGGAGCAGGCAAGACGGAAGCUGCAAAAAGAAUCAUGCAGUACAUAGCUGCAGCUUCUGAUUCACACUCUGACUCUAUCGGGAAAAUCAAAGAUAUGGUUUUGGCAACCAAUCCUCUAUUGGAGUCCUUCGGAUGUGCGAAAACUUUGCGGAACAACAAUUCCUCGAGGCAUGGCAAGUACUUAGAGAUUAGAUUCAAUGCUCAGUUUGAGCCCUGCGCGGGAAAUAUUACAAAUUAUUUGCUGGAGAAACAAAGAGUUGUUAGCCAGCUCAAGAACGAGAGAAAUUUCCACAUAUUCUACCAGUUUACUAAGGGUGCAUCCGAAAACUACAGACAAACUUUUGGCAUACAGCCACCUGAGCAGUACAUCUACACUUCAGCAUCUGGGUGUACAUCCGUGGAUACAAUUGAUGAUGUUAAAGAUUUUCAGGACACAUUGAAAGCCAUGCAGGUUAUAGGAAUCACUCAGCAAGAACAGGAUGAGGUUUUCAGAUUUUUGUCCGCUAUUCUUUGGAUCGGAAACAUUUCGUUUGAAGAAAACGAAGAGGGCAAUGCAAAAGUGCGUGACACAUCGGUUACAAAUUUUGUAGCCUAUUUGCUGCAAGUUGAUUCACAGCUGCUGUGUCAGUCUCUAGUCGAGAGAGUUUUGGAAACCAAUCAUGGUAUGAAAAGAGGAUCCGUGUACCAUGUCCCACUGAACAUCGUACAAGCCACUGCUGUCAAAGACGCUCUAGCAAAAGCUAUUUACAAUAAUCUUUUCGACUGGGUUGUUGAGAGAGUUAAUGUAUCACUACAUGCAUUUCCAGGCGCAGACAAAUCGAUUGGUAUUCUGGACAUAUAUGGCUUUGAGAUUUUCGACUUCAACUCAUUCGAACAAAUCUGCAUUAAUUAUGUGAAUGAAAAACUGCAGCAAAUCUUCAUUCAGCUAACUCUCAAAUCCGAGCAAGAAGAGUAUGCUAGAGAGCAAAUCGAGUGGUCCCCGAUCAAAUAUUUUGACAACAGAGUAGUAUGUGACUUGAUCGAAGCUAAGAGGCCUCCAGGCAUCAUCGCAGCAAUGAAUGACUCAGUUGCCACAGCGCACGCUGAUUCUGAUGCUGCAGAUCAAGCUUUUGCGCAAAGACUUAAUCUGUUUAACAGCAAUGCUCAUUUCGAUCUUAGAGGUUCGAAAUUUGUCAUCAAGCACUAUGCUGGUGAUGUGACCUAUGAUGUUUACGGAAUGACUGACAAGAAUAAAGAUCAAUUGCAAAAAGACUUGGUAGAAUUAAUUGAGACAACGAGUAAUUCAUUCCUGUCCGCCAUUUUCCCUGUGCUCGUAGAUCAUGGGUCGAAAAAAAGGCCGCCUUCUGCGGGUGAUAAAAUUAUCAAGAGCGCAAACGAACUGGUAGACACAUUAUCGAAAGCUCAACCAUCUUAUAUCAGAACUAUCAAACCCAAUCAGACAAAAUCUUCCAGUGACUUCAAUGAUGCACAAGUUCUUCAUCAAGUGAAGUACCUUGGUCUCCAAGAGAAUGUGCGUAUCAGAAGGGCUGGUUUUGCCUACAGACAAACGUUUGAUAAGUUCGUUGAGCGGUUCUACUUACUUUCGCCGCAAUGUUCGUACGCUGGUGACUAUACAUGGCAGGGAGACACACUUGAUGCCGUGAAGCUUAUCUUGAAAGAUGCAUCCAUCCCAACGUCGGAGUACCAGCUUGGUGUCAGUAAAGUUUUCAUUAAAACGCCCGAAUCACUCUUCGCACUAGAAAACAUGAGAGACAAAUAUUGGCAUAACAUGGCCGCUAGAAUUCAAAGGGCGUGGCGUAGGUUUUUACUAAGAAGGAUCGAUGCAGCCAGCAGAAUUCAACGUGCUAUCAGGGAGAAGAAAGGCGGAAAUGAGUUUGAAAAGCUCAGAGAUUACGGAACCAAAUUGCUGGCGAAUAGGAAAGAGAGGAGAAGCAUGUCCCUCUUGGGCUAUAGGGCGUAUCUGGGAGAUUAUUUAUCUUGCAACGAGCCAAAGUCGAAAGGAUCCUACAUCAAAAGACAGGCAGGAAUCACUGACAAAGUGGUAUUUUCCAUCAAUGGUGAAUCGCUACACUCAAAGUUUGGACGGUCAGCAUUGAGAUUAAGGAAAACCAUAAUACUCACUCGUUCAACUCUUUUCGUCAUUGGUCAAACCGCUGUUCAAAAUCAGAUCACUUACACUGUUGACAAUAAGGUUGACGUCAAUCAAAUCAAGUUUGUGAGUCUUACAAAUUUGCAAGACGAUUGGAUCGGUGUAUUCGUAGCCAACUCAACACAAGCAGAUCCUCUAAUCAACUUGUCGUUCAAAACAGAGCUGAUAACUCAUCUAAAAAAACUUAACAACAAAAUCGAGGUCAAAGUCGGUCCUACGUUGGAAUAUCAGAAGAAGCCUGGUAAAGUACAUCUCGUUAAAUGCCAGAUUAGUGAGUCUGCUCCCAAAUAUGGUGAUUUUUACAAAUCUAGUACAAUCUCUGUUCGCAGAGGCCAUCCUGCAAAUUCAAAAUCAAAGCCUAAACCUAGAAAGGCGGCUACAACUACUGACCAAGGUGGCUACGUGGCUCCUCAAAGAGUUCAUCAACCCCAGCCUGUAUCUCAAAUGAGCACUGUGAGAAAAGCUCCAGUUAAACCGCCGGCUCCGCAGAUAAGACAGAAGAAAGUACCCCCAGCUCCUCCCGCGAAAAAGCAGAUUCCUGCCAGCACCAUGUCAAACGCGACGGCGAAGAUCGCCACAUCUGCUGCACAGGCUGUUUAUCACCCACAACAGACGGCAGAAGUGGGGAACUCUGCUCAAACAAACUAUCAGCCAAACUCAGGUAGUGCACAGAAUGGCUCUGUUCGCCACAAUACUGAAAGAACAGCUGCAACAUCUUAUAGCGAGCCGGUCAAAAAGUCACACGUUCCGCCACCCCCACCUCCACCACCACCGGCUGCAAAGCCGUUGAUUCCAAAGUUCGUUGCAGCCUAUGACUUCGUCGGAACAGGAUCUCCUUCGGAAUUACCUUUAAAUCGUGGCGAUGUUGUCUACAUCUCUAAACAAGAGCCUAGCGGCUGGUCGCUAGCCAAGACACUCGAUGGCUCUAGGGAGGGCUGGGUACCAACUGCUUACAUGGCCGAGCAUAACGAGGCUGCACCAGCUUCUAGGCAACCGAUGGAUACGUCGUCCUCGAGUGUAACAAAUAUCGCCACUGUUGCAUCGGCUACCGUUGCAGGGUCAAAUACAGCUUCAGCAGCGAUAUCCGCUGAUUCGUCUGCUAAUGUUUCGGCUGACGCUUUGACGUCUGCUCUUGCAGCGCGUGCUGACAAAAUGCGGCUGGAGAGCGAUGAUGAAGAUGAUCAGGCUUCUGAAGAUGACUGGUGA